AUGGAUGGGGAUCAGCCGUCCACGGCCCCCCCGGUCGAACUCUCCAACGGCAAGCGACGAUGGCGCCGAAAUAGAGUGGCCUGCGACUCUUGCCACACCCGCCGAGUGCGAUGCGACCGAGCCUUCCCCUGCUCGCGCUGUUUGCGCAGUGAGAUCCAUUGCGAAUUUACACGCGAACGACGCAAACGAGGUCGCAUAGCUCGAUCUAAAGCAAACAUGCCUACCACCAGCGGGGCGAGCGAGCUUGCGCGUAGUCGCGCGGAACCGAAGCAGUCGAAUGGAAACGGUGACAAAAUGCUGGAGCAGGCGAUGUCGCCGAUAGAUGAUAGCUCGCCAACCUCGACCUUUCACCAGCGGUCGCCGGCGUCGAAUGAAAUGAGUGGCAUGUCUGCGCCCAGCGUGGAUGAGCGGCGUUCUGUGGUUGACGGUGCGAGACCGCACCGGCCGCCGCCUGCGAAUGUUACAGAGGAAUGGCUGUCCGCAGCGCAUCUCUCCCCAGAGUCCUAUGAUAUCUUAGGGGGUGCUCCUCCUGGUGUGGGGGAACCGUCUUUGCCGAGGCUUAUGGAUCUUUGGAAUCCAGCUGAUCUGGCUGGUCAUCGGGUGAGCCAGCGACCGCCGCCUAUACCGUCUGUCUCGGGUGGGAAUCACUCGCAGAGUCAACCGUCGACUUCGCGGUCGCCAUUGAAGUAUCCUGUGCUGGAGCCUCUGAUGCCUUACCUCGAGGGGAAUCUGCCCCGUCGACUUGUUUGCGAUUUGCUCGAGCUAUAUUUUACCAGCGCCUUCUCUACCCAUAUGCACCCUGUAUGCCAUCAUAUCCACUGCUUCGUGUUGAGGAAGGCCUCUUUUCUGAGUGUCGACCGUCCCAGACCUAGCAGCCCGGCCUUGUUGGCUAGUAUGCUCUGGGUAGCUGCUGUAGACGAUCGGGCUUUCUCGUUGUCUAUAUCGCCUUUACAACGGCGAAAGAUCUGUCAAUUUUUGUGUGCUUUAAUUAUACGAUUACUUCGACCUUUGAUUCACGUCGCUUUCAAAGACCAGGAGGCAUCUCCACCGGAGAAUGUGAAUGCUCAUCAGGACUUUUCAACGGCCGCAGCCUAUCACCCAUUCGAGGCAGUCGGUGAUGAUAAAGGACUGGUGGGCCCUGCUGGAUCUCUGGACGAUGUGAUUACCUAUAUUCAUGUUGCCUCUAUUAUCUCAUCUAGUGAACAAAAGGCUGCAAGCAUGAGAUGGUGGCAUGCGGCCUUUACAUUAGCUCGAGAACUCAAAUUGAACCAGGAGAUGGAAGUUUUGUCCAAUGUGGACUGUCUGACUGACGGUUCCAGUCCGUCUUUUGGCUAUCCGUUAGGAGGGUGGCCUGGCUCACCCGGCGGCAUGGGGUUUGACUACUCAAAUCCAUCACGGCCAAGUUUGAAUUGCGUCUGCGAUCGAACUAUUGAUUCGCACAGCAGUCCCAUCACGGAAGAACAUCGUGAAGAACGUCGCAGGACAUGGUGGUUACUGUACAUCAUGGAUCGCCAUCUCGCCUUGUGCUACAAUCGCCCCCUUGCCCUCCUUGAUGCUGAAAGUGAGGACCUACUGCUUCCACUGGAUGAAAAUGCCUGGCAAGCUGGAGUCAUUCACACGAACAGUCCCCGCCCAGAUGGCCCCCAAUGCCUCCGAUCUGGUGAUCAGAACAAACGGCGGGUCUUUCCAAACUUUGUCUGCCAUGAUCACUCUAUUUUGGGCUUUUUCCUUCCUCUCAUGACGAUCACGGGUGAAUUGAUCGAUCUCAACCAAGCCCGAAACCAUCCUACGCUGGGUGUUCGGCUUCAAGGCAAAGAAGCAUGGGAUGUGCAUGUCGCCGAAGUCCUGCGACAGCUAGAGAUAUACAAGGCCAGCUUGACCACUUUUGCUACGGCAGACCCCGAAGCUUCUUUGUCAAGCGGCUAUCCCAAUAAAUCAGACCAGCCAGUCGACGCGCAAUCAUCGCAGGCCUAUUCUUGGCAUACUCAAACCGUGAUCGCCUAUUCAUCCUACCUCGUCCACGUUCUCCACAUCCUACUCGUCGGUAAGUGGGACCCUGUCUCACUUAUUGAGGACAAAGACUUUUGGACAUCAUCACCGGCCUUUGCCUCCACAAUUUCUCACGCACUUGAAGCGGCUGACUCAGUGCAACAAAUUCUGCGCUUUGACCCCGACAUCAGCUUCAUGCCCUACUUCUUCGGUAUUCAACUUCUCCAAGGAAGCUUCCUCCUCCUGCUCAUCGUCGAGCGCCUCCAAAAAGAAGCCGGUGAAGGAAUCCUCAACGCCUGCGAAACAAUGAUCCGAGCCACAGAAUCCUGCGUGGUCACCCUGAACACAGAGUACCAACGCAGUUUUCGGCAAGUCAUGCGCAGCGCAGUGGCACAGGCCCGAGGCCGCCCGGUAAACCCGAGCGAGAUUCGGCACCGCCGCAAAGCAGUGCUAGCCCUGUACCGCUGGACGCGCAAGGGAACCGGAUUGGCCCUGUAG